AUGCUCUGCCCCACGUACGUACCAACACUGCAAGUAGUUGUUCCAAUCUGGUCUCUCUCUUCAAGGCUCUCUCACUACGCAUUGCCCUCUCUCCCCCACUCUCCUCACUCCAUUUCCAAGUGCUACUUAAUAUCGCUCCAUCUUCUUUCAUCCUCGUCUCUCCUCCACUCCCUUCACUUCACCACCCAUCCUGUCUUCCCUUCCUUGCCCUCACCUCACCAUGCUGCAGCCAUGUGGAGUCGAGCCUCUGCUGCACAGAACCAUGAACCACGUCAGAUUGGCGAUGCAGGGUGUGAAUGGGGCUGUUGGGGCUGUCAUGGCGACUAUGGCUGGAGCACACGAGAUGAAAGAGACGAUGAGGGAGAUGAGACACAGGCGGAGGAGCGGGAGAGGGAGCUUGCAGCAAGAUUGGCCAGAUUGAAGGAGGAGUUUGCAGCAGUCAAAGGGGAGUUGGGUGAGCACAAGCAAUUGACUAGAUUACAGUUGGAGGAGGCUGAGAGGAAGCGAGUUGCGGAGAUGAGGGAGAAGGUGGAGGAGUGGGAGAGGGAGCUGGCUGCAAUGAAGGGGGAGGUGGCUGAACAGAAGGGCGUUGUAGCAGAGCAGCUGGAUGAGGUGAAGGGGGAGUUGGGUGCGCACAAGCAGUCAACUGCACUGCAGCUGGAGGAGGCUGAGAGAAGAGGAAUGGAGAUGCGAGGGCAGGCGGAGGAGAGGGAGAGGGAGCUGGCAGAAGAGUUGGCAGCAGUGAAGGGGGAGCUGGCGGAACACAAGGGCGCUGUGGCAGAGGAGCUGGGUGUUGCUGAGAGAAGGGAAUCUGAAUUUAGGAAGCUUAUAGAGGAGGCAAGAAACAGAGAGUUUGAAAUGAGAGCUGUGCUGGAAAGGGAGAGGGGGGAGAAGAGGAGGAAGGAGGAGGAGGAGGAAUUGGCAGCCUGUAGGAAUCGGUUGAAUGUUGAUGUGGAAAUCAGCCAGAGUGCAGGCAAUCGGAAGACAGCAUGGGAGGUGAGCAUUCUGUGA